AUGCAGCUGGUCGAUAACGAGACAUUCUUCAAACAGCUUUCGACGCUCUUUCAGUCGAGUUCGAAAUCCGGUUCGGUAUGGCUUACGCAUAAACGACUACUAAACGAAGGUGGCGACGCCCACAUGUCCUCGGAAGAUGACGGCUCCCAGGAAUAUCCAUGUCUCGUGCACGCGACGGACGGCAAGGAGACGAAGUUCUCCACUGUGGUGCAAGCCGCGGACCUCGAGAAAUUCCACGCCUCUUACGGCGCUGUCUUGAAGUCCUCCAUGGGCAAUCUCCGAAAACGGGACAAGAAGCGCGAAAAGCAGCGUGCAGAAGCCGCCGCACUCAAGAAGCGUCGCCUCCAGGAGGAGAUCGUAGUGGAGGGGCCGAAGCGCGGGGCGGGGCGGAGGAAGAGACAACGCAAGAUGAAGGCCGCGCAGAAGCUGGAGGAGGCCAAGAAGCGGGCGCAGGAGAGGGAGGAGGCAAAGGCACGGGCAAAAGCACCGUGA